CAGGUGGAAGCUACUGAUAAAGAUCAAGGUCUCAAUGGCGAGAUCCGGUAUGCCCUACUCACCAGCACUUCACAGUUUGGCAUCAACAGCUCCAGUGGGAUUAUAUAUGUUGCAGGUCAGCUGGACCGUGAGUUUGUUCCGUUCUUCAUAUUAAAAGUGGAAGCGCGAGAUCGAGCAGAGCGAGUGGCUCAACAAUUUUCAGUAACAACUCUUAAAAUCUAUCUCGAGGAUGUUAAUGAUUGUCCACCAGCCUUUAUCCCAAGUGUUGUCAGCGCCCGUGCACUAGAAGACCUCCCAGUGGGCACUGUCAUUGCCUGGCUGGAUACACAAGACCCUGACCUGGGACUUGGAGGGCAGGUGCGAUACUCACUCGCUAACGACUACGAUGGCCAUUUUGAGGUGGACAAGAUUAGUGGUGCCAUUCGUCUCACCAAGGAGCUGGAUUACGAAACUCAACAGAUCUUCAACCUAACAGUUCGAGCGAAAGACAAAGGCCGACCGGUGUCUCUCCUGUCAGUUAGUUUUGUUGAACUGGAGGUGGUGGAUGUUAAUGAGAACCUGUACGCACCAUAUUUCUCGAACUUCGCCAUGAACGGAUCAGUAAAGGAAAGCGUUCGGAUCGGGACUUCUGUGCUCCAGGUGUCUGCAAGGGAUGAUGACACAGGAAGAGAUGGCGAGGUGCAGUACUCCAUACGUGAUGGCAGUGGUCUUGGGAGAUUCACCAUUGAUGAAGAAACAGGUGUCAUCUACACUGCAGAUCUGUUGGACCGAGAGACGCAGGACUCCUAUUGGCUGACAGUGUACGCUACUGAUCUGGGAGUGGUCCCGCAGUCAGCAGCACUACAAGUGUACAUACAGGUUGAGGAUGUUAACGAUAACGCCCCCCUCACAUCUGAGCCGAUGUAUCACGCCACCAUUCCGGAAAAUUCCCCAAAGGACCAGUCCGUCAUUCAGGUCCAGGCGCAGGACCCUGACGCCACGGCAACCGAGCCCCGCCUGUCAUUCCGUAUCUCCAGCGGCAACCCGCAGAACUUCUUCAGCAUCAACCCGCGCACCGGUCUGAUUACCACAACCUCUCGGAAACUGGAUCGUGAACAACAGGCUGAGCACGUACUGGAGGUGACUGUAUCAGAUGGCGGACCUUCUCCCAGACACACCACAGUAUGGGUGGUGAUCCAGGUGUUGGAUGUUAAUGAUAACAAACCAACAUUUCCAGAGAAGGUGUACCAGGUCCGUUUACCAGAGCGCACCCGUAAACAGCGAGGCGCUCCUAUAUAUCGAGUGUUUGCCUACGACCAAGACCAGGGCGCCAACGCUGAACUCUCCUACAGCAUCGUCGAUGGCAAUGAGGAUGGGAAGUUCAUAAUCGAUGCCAAAACCGGUGUGGUUUCAUCACCCAAGAAACAGUUCACAGCUGGAACCUAUGAUAUUCUUACCGUGAAGGCAGUGGAUAAUGGACGUCCUCAGCGCUGGGCGACGGCUCGUUUGCACAUCGAGUGGAUCCGCCGUCCUCCAGCCAGCCCCGUUCCUCUCGCCUUCGACGAGCAGCUUUACAAUUUCACCAUCAUGGAAACUGACAAAGUGGCAGAUAUUGUAGGCGUGGUGUCCGCCCAACAGCAAGGCUCCGCCUCCUUAUGGUUUGACAUCACAGGUCCACGCUCUUUCCGUGAGAUGUUCUAUAUACUCCAGACCGCUUGCGGCAGGAACUGUUCUACAGAAG